UAUAAAAAUAAUAAAGUCUUAUAUUUAAUUUUAUAUUUUUUUGUAAAAUAUACCUCUACUAAGUAUAACUAUAAAAUUUAUAAUAAAAAACUAUUUACUAUUAUUUACUGUUUUAAAAAACAGUACUUUAAAUUAGAAAAAAAAUUUAUUACUAAUAUAAGUUAUUAUUAA